ACGAACAGAGAAGAAUGAAGUCUCGAUUCCUACUCCUCCUCUUAGCUUCCGCCUCUCUCCUCCUCGCCAUUGUCGGCCCCCAGUUGUUCAGUUGGAGCUCUCCGGCUGCCGACUUGGUGGUCAAGAAUGCCCAGAUUUACACCGUCGACGAGUCUCUCCCCUUGGCCGAUUCCAUGGCCGUUCGCAACGGAAGGAUUCUCCGGAUUGGAAGCUACUCCUCCAUUCAGGAUAUGGUAGGGUAUGGGACUAAAGAGUUAGAUCUUAGGGGAAAAAUUGUAGUGCCUGGAUUUAUUGAUUCCCAUGUGCAUCUGAUUAAUGGUGGACUGCAGAUGAUGCGUGUAAAUCUAAGGGGCAUAAACUCAAAAGAUGAAUUUGUGAAGAGGGUCAAAGAAGCUGUGAGAAAUGCAAAACAAGGUUCCUGGAUUUUGGGUGGUGGAUGGAACAAUGAUCUAUGGGGAGGGGAAUUGCCCUUGGCUUCUUGGAUCGACGAUAUUACACCAUAUAAUCCGGUUUUUGUAUCAAGAAUGGAUGGGCAUAUUACCUUGGCUAAUUCAGUUGCACUCAAGUUGGGUGGGAUUACUAAGUCAUCAGAGGAUCCAAAUGGUGGAACCAUCAUGAGAACCACCCGUGGAGAACCUACAGGACUGUUAAUUGAUUCUGCAAGGGAACUUAUCUUUUCACUCAUUCCAGAGGUCUCAGUAGAGGAGCGGAGGGAAGCUUUGCAUAGAGCCAGCAAUCAUGCCUUAAUGAGGGGCGUGACGACAGUUGUUGAUGUCGGUAGAUACUUUCCUGGGGCUUCUGUAAAAGAUUCUUGGGAAGAUUUUUCAGAUGUGUAUCUGUGGGCUGAUUUGUCAGGGAAGAUGAUGAUCAGAGUCUGCUUAUUUUUCCCACUGGAGACGUGGUCACGUUUGCGUGAUCUUAUUAACAAAGUUGGCCAAGCUAUGAGCCAGUGGAUCUAUUUGGGUGGACUUAAAGCAUUCGCUGAUGGGUCAUUGGGCUCCCGUAGUGCACUUUUUUAUGAGCCAUAUGUUGAUGAACCUCAUAAUCAUGGCUUACUAGUGGGAGAUUAUGAAAGUCUCCACAACUUGACCUUGGCAUCCGAUAGAGUUGGACUUCAGGUUGCAAUUCAUGCUAUAGGUGAUCGAGCAAAUGACUUGAUCCUCGACAUGUAUGAGUCGGUCAUUUUAGAAAAUGGAGUGAGGGAUCGAAGAUUCAGGAUUGAGCAUGCGCAGCAUCUGGCACCAGGGACGCCGGCCAGAUUUAAUAAUCUAGGGAUUUUUGCUUCAGUACAGCCAGAGCACCUAUUAUUUGAUGCAGACUCUGUGAACAAAAAGCUUGGGAUAGACAGGGCUGAGAAGGGAUCUUAUCUAUUCCAGUCACUCUUGCGCAGCAAUGUAGAAUUGGCUUUUGGCUCUGACUGGCCGGUUGUAGACGUUAAUCCUUUAGGUGGUAUUAUGACGGCAAUGAAAAGGAUACCCCCUGGAUGGGAUACUGCAUGGGCCCCAUCAGAAAGCAUUUCGCUGAAUGAUUCACUGAAAGCGUAUACUCUUUCAGCUGCUCGUGCAUGCUUUCUUGACAGUGAUCUGGGAUCUUUAACGCCUGGAAAACUGGCAGAUUUUGUUGUACUUUCCAUAUAUACAUGGGAUGAAUUUGUGGCAGAAGGAUCUGCAUCCAUUUACGCAACGUAUGUAGGUGGUGUACAAGCCUAUCCCUGAAGUUUUAUAAACUUGCAAAUGAUGUUCUGUACUGAAAAUACUGACAAGCGGCAUGCCAAAAGAGAGAAUAGCUUGGAAGUGGUAUGCCUAUUGGGAAUGAAGAUUAGAAACACUUUAUCGUCAUAGUUAAGUCCAUAGUUUGGGUAUGUAUAUAAUGUGUGGGGAGAGGGACUACAUAUUUACAGAUUGUAUAACAUGUUUAUUUGAGUUUAAUUACAAAAGUGUUCUGAUUGAUUUGUUAGGAAUUCACAUUUCUUGUUAUAAUUCUGCUGAAUAUUUUACAUUACAUGUUUCCUCAACUCAAAAGAUUUGGUUUUAAAACGGGGUCUGCAGAUGACCAAUUC